UUUUCUCUUAAAAAAGAAGAGAGAAUUAUGAAGUUCUCUAAGCAAUUUGAAGGCCAGCUUGUUCCUGAAUGGAAAGAUGCCUUUGUUGAUUACUGGCAACUCAAGAGAGACCUCAAGAACUAUCAUCUCCUUAAUAAUAUUAAUGAUCAUAAUACUACCACUUCAUCCACCUCCACCAAGAACCAACAUCAUAGCUCUUUAGCCAACACCUUAGUUUCCUCUAUUGGAAAGUUCUCUUUUUUUGGCCACCAUCAACAUAGAGAACAUGGUGCCAUUCAAGUUCAUAAGAAACUUGCAAGUUCAGCAAGCAAGAAUGAUACGUAUGAGACGGAAUUGCUCGAUCAAUUUGCUGAUACUGAUGCCGCCAAAGAGUUCUUUGUAUGUUUGGAUAUGCAACUCAACAAAGUGAACCAGUUCUACAAGAAUAAGGAGAAAGAGUUCUUGGACAGAGGUGAGUCCUUGAAGAAACAGAUGGAGAUUCUCAUUGAACUCAAAACCGCACUCAAGCAGCAGCGCGGCAAAGGAGCUUCUUCCCAGGACUCCAAGGAGGAUCCUUCUAUUUCUUGCACCGUCUCUUCAUGUGAUGAGGAGUCCAUUAAGGACAGAACAGAGCAAGAACAACAACAAGAUCAGCAGCAAGACAGCAGCAUCGAUGACAUGGAAAAAAAACUACAACCCAACCGUCUCAGUGGUUCUAGCCUACUUUAACCUUUUAGUUACUCUUACUUUUCUCUCCUAUUGUUUGACAAAACACUGUCAAGUCGUUCUUUCAAUUGCCAGGGGAAGAACUUAAGAAUAAAUAUUCCUCUAACAACGCCAUCUCGCACCUUCUCAGCAAUCAGUUACUUGGUUUGGGGAGAUUUAGUUAGCCAGUCCAAAAAAAUUCCUGAAGGAAGUAGGCUGCACAUCAACAAAACAAAGAUCCAUCAUGCAGAGAAGAUGAUAAGAGGAGCUCUCAUUGAGCUCUACAAAGGUUUGGGUUAUCUCAAGACCUACAGGAACUUGAACAUGCUUGCUUUUAUAAAGAUUCUGAAGAAGUUUGACAAAGUUACUGGAAAACAAGUUCUUCCCAUUUAUCUAAAAGUAGUAGAGAGCUCCUAUUUCGAUAGCUCAGACAAGGUUAUGAAUUUAGCUGAUGAAGUUGAGGAGUUAUUCAUCAAGCACUUCGCUGAAGAUGACCGUAGAAAGGCCAUGAAAUAUCUUAGGCCGCAUCACCGUAAAGAAUCACACUCUGUUACCUUCUUCAUUGGACUUUUCAGUGGAUGCUUCAUUGCUCUCCUUGUUGGAUAUGUAAUUAUGGCUCACAUAACAGGAAUGUACAGACCGCAACCGGAUACAAUCUAUAUGGAAACUGUAUACCCUGUACUUAGUAUGUUCACCCUGUUGUUUCUACACUUCUUUCUGUAUGGUUGCAACAUUUUUAUGUGGAGGAAAACCCGUAUAAAUUAUAGCUUCAUCUUUGAGCUGGCCCCUACCAAGGAGCUUAAGUACAGAGAUGUGUUCUUGAUAUGUACCACCUCAAUGACUGCUGUAGUGGGUGUUUUGUUUAUUCAUUUGUCACUUGUCACUAAAGGGUAUUCAUAUACCCAAGUUGAAGCAAUUCCUGGCCUUCUGCCACUGAUCUUCUUACUGUUACUUGUGUGCCCCUUCAACAUUUUCUACCGAUCAAGCCGCUAUCGUUUCAUUUGUGUGAUAAGGAACAUCAUACUAUCACCUCUCUAUAAGGUUCUCAUGCUGGACUUCUUCAUGGCUGAUCAACUCUGUAGUCAGGUGCCAAUGCUUAGGAACUUAGAAUAUGUGGCCUGCUACUAUAUAACUGGUAGCUACAAAACUCAGGACUAUGGUUAUUGCAUGAGAGCUAAGCAUUACAGGGAUUUUGCUUAUGCAGUAUCCUUUCUACCCUAUUACUGGAGGGCUAUGCAGUGUGCUCGGCGCUGGUUUGAUGAAGGGCAAACUAGACACCUUGUGAAUCUAGGCAAAUAUGUAUCAGCAAUGUUAGCAGCAGGAGACAAAGUAGCUUAUGAGAAAGAAAGAACUGCUGGAUGGCUGUGUCUUGUUGUCAUCGUGUCAAGUGCUGCAACGGUGUACCAAUUGUAUUGGGACUUUGUAAAGGAUUGGGGGUUGCUUCAAAUGAAUUCCAAGAACCCCUGGCUAAGGAAUGAAUUAAUGCUUCGUCGAAAGAUCAUUUACUACUUUUCCAUGGGAUUGAACCUUAUUCUCAGGUUGGCUUGGCUACAAACAGUUCUCCAUUCAAAUAUUGGACAUGUUGAUUACAGAGUAACUGGCUUAUUUUUAGCAGCCCUUGAAGUCAUCAGAAGAGGACUGUGGAACUUUUACAGAUUGGAGAAUGAGCAUCUUAAUAAUGCUGGCAAGUUUAGAGCAGUAAAGACAGUGCCACUUCCAUUUGAAGAGGAUGAGGAAGAUUGAUGCCCCAUUGGCAACAGUUGCUUACCAAAUUCGAUUCGAAGGGAAUCCCAGAUGUUUUGCGAUCAAGUCGUUCCAAGAAGAACCUUGUACAAGUUGAUGCCACAAGCCCACAACUAACCAGACAUCAACUUGAUUUUUAUUGUUCCUUGGAUAUUGGGGAAAAAAAAAAAGUGGUUCAUACUUGUAUACCAAAUUUUCUUCAACAAAUAAAUAGAAAUUGAUGCAAAUGCGUGCAGUUGCGUUAAUAUCUAGU